AACGUUAGUAUCAUCCAAAUAUAUUGAUCAUACGAGUGUAAGAUAUUACAAUACAUCAAUUGAUCUCCCAAGCUGAGCACGUGCCGGCAGUAUGAUAAAAUUGGCUGUGUUUUUGUGUAUUUUGUGCCAGUGUUAUGCGUUUAAAAUAUUAGUUUUGUUCCCUUUGCCCGGUACUAGCCAUGGGAUCCUGGGAGAAGGCAUUGUAAGGCAUUUGCUGAAUGCUGGUCAUGAGGUGACCUACGUGACGCCCUUGCCGUAUAAAGACCCACCGAAGAAUUUGACGAUUGUCGAUGUGUCCAGUAACCAUGAGUUGAUGGCAGUUGAUGACUUUUGGGAUUUCAAGAAGCUGAUGGCGCGGACGGUGAAUCUCCAGGAUGUUGCAAAUAUUGUGGACAUCAUGUUCGUGGUGUCCAACGGCACCCUGAACCACGGGAACAUCCAGAAGCUGAUGGCUGACCCCAAGGUCCACUUUGAUGUUGUCAUAGCGGAGUGGAUGUAUAGCGAGCUUUAUAGCGGAUUCGCUCCUGUCUUCAACUGCCCGCUGAUCUGGUCUUCCUCCAUGGAGCCCCACGCGGCUGUCCUCUCGCUGAUCGAUGAGGACCCCAACCCAGCGUACACUGCCGACCACAUGUCAUCCCAGGACCCACCCUUCUCGUUCUCUGAAAGGGUUUCAGAGCUGUUGACGUUACUGAAGAUCAAAUACACCAAAUGGUCCCGCUACUCCCGAGACAGUGAGGCUUACAACAAGGCAUUCACUGCUGCUGCAGUUAGACGCGGCAACCGACUGCCUCCUUUGAACGAAGCGAUGUACUCCGCUUCAUUGAUGCUUGGCAACUCUUAUGUGGCUACUGGACAGCCGACCAGGCUACCGCAGAACUACAAGGCUAUUGCCGGAUACCAUAUUAAAGAAGAAUUGAAACCUUUACCUGAGAAUCUCCAAAAAAUUAUGGACGAAGCGAAGCACGGUGUCAUAUACUUCAGCAUGGGAUCUCUACUGAAGAGCAAAACUUGGCCAGAGGAGAUCAAAAGAGAAAUCCUGAACAUGUUCAGUGCUCUCAAGCAGACAGUCAUCUGGAAGUUCGAAGAGGUUUUGCCGAAUCUGCCCAAGAAUGUGCACAUAGUGCAGUGGGCACCACAGCCUAGCAUCCUUGCUCACCCGAACUGCAUCCUCUUCAUCACCCACGGCGGUCUGCUGUCCACCACCGAGACCAUGCACUACGGAGUCCCGAUCAUCGGCAUCCCGAUCUUCGCAGACCAGUUCAUCAACGUCAUCAGAGCCGUCAACAAAGGCUACGGCCUCAAAGUCGACCUGAAUAACGAUGUCCCCGCCAAUUUGAAGACGUCUAUCCAGGAGAUUCUUGGGAACCCUUCGUACCGCCAAAGAGUGAAGGAGUUGUCCUUCAUCUACCACCACAGACCCGUUAGUCCAGGCAAAGAGUUGGUGCACUGGGUGGAACACGUCAUUCAAACUAAUGGAGCCAAGCAUCUACGCUCCAAAGCCUUGGACUUACCCUUCUACCAAAGAUUUUAUCUAGAUCUGUUAGCUUUAAUUAUUCUCGUUAUUGUAUCUGUUUUGUUUUUAGUGAGGAAACUAGUUUGUGCGAAUAAAUACGACUCAAUUAAGAAGAACAGUUAGUGCAUUUUAUUGAGUUGUUACUUGUUUUUGAUAUUAAAAUUGUAAAUCUUA